GAGGGGCUGGGCUGCCCGGGUGGCCCGCCGGGACAAGUCGGGUUGGGCGUUGGGCGCGAUUGCAUUGUGGGGCAGGAGGCUGGGACUCCUCCGGGACACACUCCUGGCACCACCAGCUUCUCCUCAGCCCCUGCCGGCGGCCCACCCAGGACAAUGCCCCCCCGCAGCCGCCUUGUGCCCGUCACCACUGCCCCAGGGCAGCUGAACUGAGAUGUGCCUCUCUUAGUGCCACGCUGCCUGGGAGGCACCUCUGCUGCUCCCCUUUGCCACGGUAAGUGCCUGAGCCCAACGUGCCCAGAGACCUUCCCCUGGGGACGCGCAGGGCCAGGAAGAGCCCGAGGAGCCUGGACGCCAGCACUGCACCUCCCGCUGCGGUCGCCCACCCCAGACACUGGCGCCGAUAGCCGGGGUCUGGAGGAAAUGGCCCUGUCCCCAAGCCGGUCCUGACCUUCCUGCCUGUGUUUCUGAGAUAAGGGCUCAGGGGCCUUUCUCGGGGCUCUACCCGCAGCUGGCAUGCCCGCCAGGGCCCCGAGCUGGCAGGAUGCUGAGUGACAGUGCGCCUGCUCCCAGCCGGCACACGCCCACACGCCCGGCUGUGCGGGACCCUAGCUCAACUUAGGACCUGCUUCCGCGCCGUCUGCAUCCGAGGGCCCCGCGAUGGCUCCCUGGCCUCCACUCGGCGCCCGCCUGCUACUCGUGCUGCCGCUGCUGUGGCCACCGCGCGCCCCGACCCAGGCCCACCGCUUCUCGGCACCCAACACCACCCUCAACCGCCUGGCACUGGCGCCGGGCCGGGGCACGCUCUACGUGGGCGCCGUGAACCGCCUCUUCCAGCUGAGCCCCGAGCUGCGGCUGGAGUCGGUGGCCGUCACGGGCCCCGUCUUCGACAGUCCUGACUGCGUGCCCUUCCGGGACCCAGCCGAGUGCCCGCAGGCCCAGAUGACCGACAACGCCAAUCAGCUGCUGCUGGUGAGCAGCCGGGCCCAGGAGCUGGUGGCCUGCGGGCAGGUGCGGCAGGGCGUGUGCGAGAAGCGGCGCCUAGAGGACGUGGCGCAGGUGCUGUACCGGGCCGAGGACCCUGGCGAUGGACAGUUUGUGGCCGCCAACACCCCGGGGGUGGCCACGGUGGGCCUGGUGGUGCCUGGGUCGGGCCGGGACCUCCUGCUGGUGGCCAGGGGCCUGGCAGGCAAGCUGUCGGGCGGGCUGCCGCCCCUGACCGUGCGCCAGCUGGCCGGACCGCAGCCCUUCUCCAGCGAGGGCCUGGGCCGCCUGGUCGUGGGCGACCUCUCUGACUACAACAACAGCUACGUGGCCGCCUUCGCCGAUGCCCGCUCUGCCUACUUCGUCUUCCGCCGCCGGGGGGCCCGGGCACAGGCUGAGUACCGCUCCUACGUGGCCCGGGUGUGUCUGGGAGACGCCAACCUCUACUCCUACGUGGAGGUGCCCCUCACCUGCAGGGGCCAGGGCCUCGUCCAGGCCGCCUUCCUUGCCCCGGGCACCUUGCUGGGGGCAUUUGCUGCGGGCCUGAGGGGAGCGCGGGCGGCCCUGUGCGCCUUUCCCCUGGCUGAGCUGGACGCGAGCAUGGAGCGGGCCCGACGCCUUUGCUACACGGCGGGAGGCCAGGGCCCCAGCGGCACAGAGGAAGCCACUGUGGAGUACGGGGUGACUUCGCGCUGCGUCACCCUGCCCCCCGACUCCCCCGAUUCCUACCCCUGCGGGGAUGAACACACACCCAGCCCCAUUGCGGGCCGCCAGCCCCUGGAGGCUGGGCCUCUGCUGCAGCUGGAAGAGUCCAUCAGCGCCGUGGCAGCCCUCCAGGCAGAUGGGCACACGAUAGCCUUUCUGGGGGACGUCCAGGGCCAGCUGCACAAGGUCUUUCUCAAUGGCACCCAAGGUCAGGUGUACCACUCACAACAAGUGGGACCCCCAGGCUCCGCCAUCAGCCCCGACCUGCUGCUGGACAGCGGCGGCAGCCACCUCUAUGUCCUCACUUCCCAGCAGGUGGACCGGGUGCCCGUGGCGGCCUGCUCCCACUUCUCUGACUGCACCAGCUGCCUCCAGGCCCGGGACCCGCUGUGCGGCUGGUGUGUCCUCCAGGGCGGGUGCACCCGCAAGGGCCAGUGCGGGAGGGCCGCCCGGCCUGACCAGUGGCUGUGGAGCUACGGGGACAGCCACUGCCUGUACAUCCAGAGCCUGCUGCCGGCCCACCACCCCCGCCAGGAGCCAGGCCAGGUCACCUUGUGGGUGCCUCGGCUGCCCGCCCUCGCUCUGGAUGAAUACUACCACUGCGCCUUUGGGGACGACGAGAGCUUGGCUCACGUGGAAGGGCCCCACGUGUCCUGUGUCACUCCUCCCCAGAACCAGCUACCGCCUAACCCUCCAGGCGCAGACCACAUCACCCUGCCCCUGGCGCUGAUGUUUGAGGACGUGGCCGUGGCUACCACCAACUUCUCUUUCUACGACUGCAGUGCUGUCCAGGCCUUGGAGGCGGCUGCCCCGUGCCGCGCUUGUGUGGGCAGCCUCUGGCGCUGCCACUGGUGCCCCCAGAGCAGCCACUGCGUGUACGGGGAGCGCUGCCCGGAGGGCGAGAGGACCGUCUACAGCGCCCAAGAGGUGGACAUCCAGGUACGUGGCCCAGAGGCUUGUCCCCGGGUCGAGGGCCUGGCAAGCCCCCUCCUGGUGCCCGUGGGCUGGGAGAGCCGCUUGGCCCUGCGUGUACAGAACCUUCAGCAUUUCCGGGGCCUGCCUGCCUCCUACCACUGCUGGCUAGAGCUGCCAGGAGAACUGCAGAGGCUGCCGGCCUCCCUGGAGGAGACGGCCGGGGACGCGGGCCUCCUCUACUGCCAGGCCCAGCAGUUCCACCCGUCCGUGGCCCAGCGGGAGCUCCCGGUGCCCAUCUAUGUCACCCGGGGUGAGGGCCAGCGGCUGGACAAUGCCCACACUCUUCAUGUGACCCUGUAUGACUGUGCUGUGGGCCACCCGGACUGCAGCCACUGCCAGGCAGCCAACAGGAGCCUGGGCUGCCUGUGGUGCAGCCAUGGCCAGCCCGCCUGUCGCUACGGGCCACUGUGCCCGCCCGGGGCCGUGGAGCUGCUGUGCCCCAAGCCCAGCAUCGACAUGAUCGAGCCCCUGACCGGCCCCCCCGAGGGUGGCUUGGCCCUCACCAUCCUGGGCUCCAACCUGGGCCGGGACUUUGCCGAUGUGCGGGAUGCCGUGAGUGUGGCUGGCCGGCCCUGCAGCCCUGAGCCCUCUCUCUACCGCACCUCUGCUCGGAUCGUGUGUGUGACGUCUCCUGCCCCCAGCGGCACCGUGGGGCCAAUCCGAGUGGCCAUUAAGCGUCGGCCGCCAGGCAUCUCAACCCAGCACUUCACCUACCAGGACCCUGUCCUACUGAGCCUGAGUCCCCAGUGGGGUCCCCAGGCCGGGGGCACCCAGCUCACCAUCCACGGGCAGCACCUCCAAACAGGAGGCAACAUCAGUGUCUUUGUGGGCGGCCAGCCCUGUCCUAUCCGGGAGCCAGUGUGUCCUGAGGCCAUCGUGUGCCACACCAUGCCCCAGGCUGGCCCAGGAGAAGCUGUGGUUCGAGUGGCCUUUGGCCAUGCCCAGCGCACGCUGCUCGACAGCCCCUUCCGCUACGCCGCCAACCCCCAGCUCGUGGCGGCCGAGCCCAGCGUCAGCUUCCGGGGGGGCGGGCGACUGAUCCGAGUCAGGGGCACGGGCCUGGAUGUGGUGCUGCGGCCCCUGCUGUCUGUGUGGCUGGAGGCCGCGGCGGAGGUGCCGGCUAUGGGGGCGCGGUCGCAGGACCUGACCCCCAGGAGGAGCUGCGGGGCUCCCGCUGCGGCGCCCCAGACUUGCACCCAGCUUAAGGGGGGCUUGCUGCAGUGCUCCACCACCUGCUCCGUCAACUCGUCCAGCCUCCUCCUGUGCCGGAGCCCCGCGGUGCCAGACGGGGCGAGCCCCCGGCGGGUCUUCUUCAGCCUAGACAAUGUGCACGUGGACUUUGCCAGCGCCAGCGGGGGCCAGGACUUCCUGUACCAGCCCAACCCCCGCCUGGCCCCCCUCAGCCGCGAGGGCCCCGGCCGCCCCUACCGCCUCAAGCCAGGCCACGUCCUGGACGUGGAGGGCGAGGGUCUCAACCUGGGCAUCAGCAAGGAGGAGGUGCGGGUGCACAUUGGGGCCAGCGAGUGCCUGGUGAAGACGCUCACGCUCACCCACCUGUACUGCGAGCCGCCCCCGAGGGCCCCGCAGCCCACCAAUGGCUCCAGCCCCCUGCCGCAGUUCGUGGUGCAGAUGGGCAACGUGCGGCUGGCGCUGGGCCCUGUCCUGUACGAGGCCGAGCCCGUGCUGGCUGCCUUCCCGGUGGAGGCCCAGGUGGGCCUGGGCCUGGGCGCAGCCGUGCUGAUCGGCGCCGUGCUCCUCCUCAUCCUCACGUACAGGCACAAGAGCAAGCAGGCCCUGCGGGACUACCAGAAGGUUCUGGUGCAGCUGGAGAACCUGGAGAUCGGAGUGGGCGACCAGUGCCGAAAGGAGUUCACAGACCUGAUGACCGAGAUGACCGACCUCAGCAGCGACCUGGAGGCCAGCGGGAUCCCCUUCCUGGACUACCGUACGUACGCCGAGCGCGUCUUCUUCCCUGGGCGCCGCGGCUGCCUGCCGCAGCCUGCCCUCGAGGGGCCCGGAGAAGACGGCCGCCGUGGCCCCGCGCGCCAGGGCCUCCUGCAGCUCUCCAACCUGCUCAACAGCAAGCUCUUCCUGCUCACGCUCAUCCACACCCUGGAGGAGCAGCCCACCUUCUCCCAGCGGGACCGCUGCCACGUGGCUUCCCUGCUGUCCCUGGCGCUGCACGGCAAGCUGGAGUACCUGACGGACAUCCUGAGGACGCUGCUCGGGGACCUGGCCGCCCACUACGUGCACAGGAACCCCAAGCUCAUGCUGCGCAGGACGGAGACCAUGGUGGAGAAGCUGCUCACCAACUGGGUGUCCAUCUGUCUGUACACCUUCCUGAGGGAGGUGGCCGGUGAGCCACUGUACAUGCUCCUCCGGGCCAUCCAGUACCAGGUGGACAAGGGCCCCGUGGACGCCGUGACAGGCAAGGCAAAGCGGACCCUGAACGACAGCCGCCUGCUGCGGGAGGAUGUGGAGUUCCGGCCCCUGACGCUGAUGGUGCUGGCGGGCCCUGGGGCGGGCGGGGCCGCAGGCAGCAGCACGGGGCAGCGCGUGCCCACCCGGGUGCUCGACACGGACACCAUCACCCAGGUCAAGGAGAAGGUGCUGGACCAAGUCUACAGGGGCACCCCCUUCUCCCAGAGGCCCUCGGUGCACGCCCUGGAUCUCGAGUGGCGCUCGGGCCUGGCCGGUCACCUAACCCUGUCAGACGAGGACCUGACCUCGGUGACUCAGAACCGCUGGAAGAGACUCAACACCCUGCAGCACUACAAGGUCCCCGAUGGAGCCACGGUGGGGCUCAUCCCGCAGCUGCACAACGGAGGCGCCGUCUCCCAGAGCCUGGCCCAGAGCUGCCCCCCCGGGGAGAACGUCCCCAUGCUGGAGGACAGUGAGGAGGGUGGGGUCCGCCUCUGGCACCUGGUGAAAGCCACCGAGGAGCCAGAAGGGGCCAAGGCGCGGCGCAGCAGCCUGAGGGAGCGGGAACGGGAGCGGGCCCGGGCCAAGGCCAUUCCGGAAAUCUACCUCACCCGCCUGCUCUCCAUGAAGGGCACGCUGCAGAAGUUUGUGGAUGACGCCUUCCAGGCCAUCCUCAGCGUGAACCGGCCUGUGCCCAUCGCUGUCAGGUACCUGUUUGACUUCCUGGACGAGCUGGCCGAGAGGCAUGGCAUCGAGGACCCGGAGACCUUGCACAUCUGGAAGACGAACAGCCUGCUGCUGCGCUUCUGGGUAAACACCCUGAAGAACCCCCAGCUCAUCUUCGACGUGCGGGUGUCGGACAACGUGGACGCGGUCCUGGCCGUCAUCGCCCAGACCUUCAUAGACUCCUGCACGGUGUCAGAGCAUAAAGUGGGCCGGGACUCCCCGGUGAACAAACUCCUCUACGCCCGGGAGAUCCCGCGCUACAAGCAGAUGGUGGACAGAUACUACUCGGACAUUCGCCAGAGCUCGCCGGCCAGCUCCCAGGAGAUGAACUCCGCCCUGGCCGAGCUCUCCGGGAACUUCGCCUCCGCCCCCCACUGCCUGGAAGCCCUGCAAGAGCUGUACAAGCACAUCCACAGGUAUUACGACCAGAUCAUCGGUGCCCUGGAGGAGGACCCUGUGGGCCAGAAGAUGCAGCUGGCCUGCCGCCUGCAGCAGAUUGCCGCCCUGGUGGAGAACAAGGUGACCGACCUGUGAGUUCGGGCAGUGGCAGGACCCGAGGACCCGCCACCUCAGCGCUUUCCCGCCCACCCGCCACCCAGAAGAGCCCUGGAUGGAGCCAGCGACCCCCGAGUGGCCGGCAGAGAGUAGGAGGGGCUCCUGGCGCCUCACCAUCCAACUCCCGCGCCCCCGGCCCCGCUUCUUUCUAAUUUAUACCCGUCCUUCUCCCUCCCCCUCCCCCACUGUAUUUAUGUACUUGCUGGAGCAUCACAUCUGGAAAUAAAAGAGACGUAUGUCUUUUUAGAAGAA